UUGGGUAACAGCCGGGGACAACACCGACAAAUUCUGUUUUGAAUUUGUAUAUAAUGUAAUUUGAGCUCAUCCUUUCUUACACAUAAAUACAAAUUCCAAAGAAACGCUUUUGUUUUGCUGUUGUUGUGAAAUAAUUUAAUUGAACUAAAUUGCUGAUUAACCAUUUUGUAAGCAACUAUCAUGGAUACGACAACGACAGAACAAUCUGAGAAGAAAGAAACUAAACUUACAGCUGCCCAAAUAUCCCGAAUAGAAAGAAAUCGGGUUAAAGCCCAAAACUUGCGGAAAGGCAAGCUAGUAAGCAAUCCAUAUUCCCUCAAUAAAACUGACUUGGACGUUCCAGGGAGUUCAGUUUUUAAAGUUCAAAGCACUAGAUUCGUAGACAGCGGUGGUGGUUUUCUCAUAGAAGCCCCAUUAACAGCAAGUCAAGCUGGUCCGAGCGAUAAACAAGCAACAAGUAAGUUGUAUGAAGAGCCUCCUGUUACUUUUCCUAUCACAUACACCGAAUGCUUGGAAUGUGCUGACAAAUUCAGUGGUUCCUACCUACUCGAUAAUUUUGACCACGCUGUGUGUGAUAAAUGCCGUGAUCCGGAAGAAAAACACGCACUCAUAACUAAAACUGAGGCAAAAGCUGAGUAUCUACUUAAAGAUUGCGACUUUGAUCGAAGGGAGCCGGUGCUGAAGUUUAUCAGUAAAAAGAAUGCACGCUAUACCAAAUGGGGUGAAAUGAAGCUCUAUCUUCUGCUGCAGGUUCAAAAAAGAGCCCUAGAAGUAUGGGGAAGCGAGGAAGAAGUCAUAAAACAACAAGAAGAACGCGAUGAAAAACGAGUGGUAACUAAAGUCAAGCGAUACAACAAACAAAUGAAGCAAUUGCGAAUGGAUGUGAGGAGUAGUCUUUAUACGAAAAAGUUAAAACCAAUGCAUCAACAUGAAUUUGGUCCUGAAGUUUACAACGAAGAAGAGGAUACAUAUUCGCAUUCCUGUGUUAGUUGUGAGUACUCGGAGACAUAUGAGAAAAUGUGAAUAAAUUAAUACAACUAUCGAUACACUGCCCUUUAUAAAUACAAUUUUUUAGAAUUCAAAAUAUUUGUAUGUGCUAAAUUCUAAAACUAAACAAUAAUUGUUAAGAUUAUAUACACAAACAUAUUCAUAAGAUUAAGAUUGAUAAUAUGAUUACUAACAGAGGAUACCUAUAUCCAAAGGGCUAGUUAAGAGCAGAGUCGAUCCAAAUGAAUUAUCUUAGAAAAUUUGAGUUCACUCAAUUUUUGAAUGUCUCUGUCAUCGAUUUAGUUUGUGCACUACCAACACUUUCCAUAAGAAAAUCUUAUUUGUUUAAUUUUUGUCUGUUCGGAAUGUCAAUUAAUGUGAAAUAUGAAACAAACAAAAUAAUUGUAAUCAAUCAAAUAUGUACAUUAAAUAAAAUUAUUAAUUUAAACGA